AUGUCUUCACUUCCUUUCCCGCACCGCUUCCAGAGCCAGGCGCAGCUGAACUCUAUGCGCCACCUUCUUGGACGGUUCGCGCCGACGCAAGCCGGGAAGCUUAGGGCCGGCAAGAUCCCCCUCCGCGACCUUGCCGCGGGGGAGUUUGUUCUCUUCAACUCGUUCAUUAUGUGCGGGUUGAGGCACCAAUCGGGGGAUCCGGCCCCCAGCCUGCGCAGGAAUCCUCGGCGUCGGCCCCAAACAGGGCCCCCGCCUGGGUCCACCCCAGAAACCUCCGGACCUAGGGGUCCGGAGCUGGAGGCCACCACACCGCCACGACCCGAAGCCGCCCCCCAGGAGGAGGACGCUAGGCCCGCUGCGGCGGCCGAGGCACCAGCGGCCGCGCCGGGCGCCGAGGCCAAGCCCUCUCCAGCUGAGCCAGCAGCAGAGGGGGUCGCUGCUGCAGCAGAGGCUGCAGCGCCGGAGACAGCGGAGGUGGCGGAGACAGCGGCACCGGAGGCCGCUGAGGUUACCAGCGCCGCUGCCCCACCAGCGGAGGUGGAGGAACCGGAGGUGGUGCUGGGAAGGCCCCUUCUCCCGAGCGCAGCAGAGAUCCCCCUCCCCCGGCUCCUGGCCAAAUGCCAGCAGGCUCAAGAGGAGCUGGAGGCUGGCAUUCGCCGAGAGUGGGAGAAGCUGGAUGCGGAGUACUUCCGGCUCUCCGACUGGGAGCGCCGCCUGGGGGACCACAUCAAGUCCGCCACCGCCCGGCACACUGAAGAGCGCGCCAAGCUCGUGCUGGAGUGCGAGCUCCUGCAAGAGCAGCUGCAGAAGGCUCGCGAUCGGGAGGCAGCAGCGUUCCAGCGGGAGAAGGCGGCCACGCGGCGGGAAGCGGUAGCCCUUGAGCAGCAAAUCGCGGCGGAGGAGAAGAUGCUGGCGGCGACCGAGAAGGAGCAGGCCGCCCUGGAGCUGGCCAACUAG